AUGGCAGCGGAACGAACGAAAUAUGCUGAUACAAUUUUAAUUGGUAAACAGCCAUUGGAAGCGUCAGAAAUUAUCAGAUUACGGCUAUCUCAAGCAAAGCUCAUUAACAAAGAAUUCUACCUGUUGUUUCGCGAACUCUCGGACUUAAAACGUAACUACGCGCAACAAUUGCGCAGCGUGAUUGCUAAGAAUGAGGACCUUGAGAAGUUGCUGAUGCAAGACAUGUUAGAGACAAGGGUUUUGACAAUCGACGAACUGCGGGACUUCCGAUUUGACUCUUUGGGAGAGCUGAAAGGACUAUGGAACGGCCUUUUUAACGGAUUGAGACUCGAGCUACAAUCUAGUACUGACUUUUAUCAUUUGUUGGACCGUAGUUUGAUCGCAGAUCUCAAAGAUUCAACUGAAAAAGACCCGCUAUGGUCUCAGAGCAGAAAGUUGCACUCGGCCCUCUGUAAAACAGCGGCCGAACAUGACCAGCUUAUUAAAAACAGUGCCUCAGGGACGGUUACAGAUGCUGCAAAGUUGCGGCAAGUAAGCGAUCAAUGGGACACACAAGCGGCUGAUCUUUUUGAAAUUUUUGAAAAAACUGACUAUAGGCGGCUCUUAGGACUUAAAAAUUGUCUCUUAAAGUAUGAGAGUGGCUUGAGUGACACUUUGGACCACAAAUUGCAUUCGAGUGAAGAAUCUAUGGCUCGAAUUUUGGAAUUUGAUCCAGAAGCCGAAAUUGAUCGCUUUGCUCAAGCGGCUGCAGCUUACGAUUUUAAAUUCAAAGUUCCAACCAAUACCGACACCAAUAAUAAGGCUAACGGUGCUUCUGGAAGCUUUCAGCGUCUUCCGUCCUCAUCUGAACCCCAGAACAAGAGUUCACAAGGUGCAAAAACUGGCCAUGGAGCUCUGGGGGGACUAGCAAGCAGGCUUUCAUCCACAGGCACUGUGAUUAAACAUGACUUGAUGAAGACAGAGUUUUCAGACUCUACGAAUAAUAAAUCUUUGGAGACAAAAAAGUCGUCGAAUAAGCUGAGAUCAAAGAUGGGUUCGAUAUUCGGACGGAAAAAGUUAAAGAACAAGAAGUCUGGAAUGCUCCAGGAGAACACCAUCGCAGAAAAUGAAACAUCAUCAGUCAGGACUGGUGAGUCAAUCCUUAACGCUAACGGAAAUUCGACAUUAGGAUCUGAGCCGCGUACCUACAAGCAAAGUGUAGCCGAUUCAGAUUCUGCCAAUGUACAAGAGCCUUUAGCAGUGCCUCCAAAACCUACUUUUGCUGCAACGAGUUCCACCCUGUCUAUAAACCAGCCAUCCUUGAAACCUCAACCUAGAGAUAGAACAAGCACAUCAGAACCGCAUAGUUCAAAUAUUGCGUCUCCUGCUGCCGACACUAGUACUUUGAGCACAUCAGGUUCUUCGCCUAUGGGGGCACCGGGAAGUACGGUGGCCACAUCUAACGUUUCUCCAAGCGCCCCCAAAACAAGCCAGCCAAUCCAUAUCCAGGCACCUCAAGUUCCGGCACCUCCUCCGUCCAGAAAAACUGUGCAGCCCGUUGCAACAAGCUUUUCGAGAGGAUCUCAUGGCUCCGUACCAGCUCCAGCCACAUCCGAAUUUACAAGAGAAUCUCAUGGCGCUCGUCCUCCUGCAGCCUCGACUACCAAGCGAGCCGAUAUCCAGUCGAAAUUAUUCACAGAUCUCUCCCAAGCAGAUAUUGAUGCCCAACAAAACAAGCGUCAAUCUUCAAUAAGCUCUCAAAUGACGGGUGAGUUAAGAACUCUAAACCCGCAAACGACAGGCUCGUCUUUGUCAAUGCCAUUAACCACGGGGCAAUCUAUCUUCCACCACUCGGAAUUAACGUCUUUUGGUCUCAACGCCAGCGUUGCAGAGGUCAUCAGUGCUACAUUCAAAGAGGGUGUGCUGAGCUCUUCUCAGCUUAUAGGGGAAAUAGCUUUGAACUUCGUAGCUGAUAGUGACAAGCUACCUAUUGAGAUUAAUUUGAGAAUGAAUAACUUUAAAAAUUCUGAGAAAGUCAUUGUUAAUCAAGCUUUUAUAGAGCAAGUUGGAACUGAGGUAUACAAGAUCAACCCCCUAUUCAUUCAUUCCAAGACUUUAGGCGCUUUCAAGUAUGCCCUUUCAAAUCCGGUUGCCCCCAUUGUUAUUCACCCCGUAUGGAGAUUUGAAGACCAUCAAGCUAGUGUCGCUCUAACCCUCGGUAUAGCACCUACCGUUGAUGAAGCUAUUCAAGAACUAUCCGUUGAAGAGCUCACCGUCUUUGUGUCUAUUGAGGGCGCCACUCCAACCAGCGCACUUUCGAAACCUCAGGGAUCGUUCAGUAAAGAGAAAAAGAGAAUCACUUGGAGAUUCAAGGAUCCGCUUACUAUCAAGAGAGGAGGUGAUGAAAGAUUGAUCGCGAGAUUCCUGACGGAAGGUAAGGCUCAUGAAUCUGCCAAAGGUGUUGGGGCCAAGUUUACGAUCAAAAACUAUCACUUAGGGAGCGCGCUCGAAUUAGAGAGCCAAGAGGUUGACGUCAACGACCCGUUUUCUGCCACCGCUGAAUGGAAGCCUGUUAUCGCAAAACGGACUCUGGUGGCAGGAAAUUAUAUGGGACUAUCAUGA